AUGACAUCUUUAUCAUCAUCAUCCUUAUCUUCAUCAUCAUCAUCAUCUUCAUCGUCAUCAUCAUCAUCAUCAUCGUCGUCGUCGUCAUCGUCGUCGUCAUCGUCAUCGUCGUCGACAUCUUCGCCGAUAUCGUCAGUGUUCAACAACGCCGUCGUAACCUCAGGCGAAAAUCUGUUGUGUUUUGCAAUGAACACAUCAUGUGCCUGUCAUUCUGAAUACCAAUUUUAUGAUUUUGACGAACGUAUGCUACUGGGUUUAGUGGCGUUACCAAUCAUUGUGUUUGGUUUAUGUGCUAAUUUGACCUCAGUUCGGAUAUUCACGCAUCGUCUAAUGUCAUCAUCUUCGAUCAACUGGUAUCUGGCUGUACUAUCGGCUUCCGAUACUCUGAUUUUGAUUUCGGCAUUUUUUGUGCUGUCACUACCACGUCUUGGCGAAUACCUCGCUUGGUGGCGUGCCAAUUAUAUCAGGUUUGUUUUUAAAUUUUUGUUAUGCAUUUUUUUGUAG